CGAUAAUCCAAGCAGGAAAACCUAGACUCCGCGGGCGGCCCAUAUCACCUCUCAUUUUUUUUUAUCCCGCCCAACCUAGUCUAUUUCUAAGAUUUUUUAAACGAAACCUCAAAUCCUACACAUCAUGGUUGGGGUAAAGCGCCGCGUCGAUACCGGCGACGAUCGCGAUGGCAAGCGGACGAAGACCAAGACUGCCGUGUCCGCGCCGACGAAGAAGGGCGGCUCCAAGUCGGCCCCCAUGAAGUCGGCGAAGAAGUCCGACUUCAAGAAGGGUGGCGACAAGGGUGGAAAGAAAGAUAAGAAAGACUUGAGCAGCAAGAAGGGCAAGAAGAUCCAGAAGGAAGAAUCCGAAUCCGAAGACGAUGACGACGACGAGUUCGAUUUGGAUGAUGUUGAGGACUCAGAGAUUGAUGAAUUGGAUGAGCUUGAGGCUGAGGAGGACGAGGAUGUUGAUAUGGGUGGUGUUGAGGAAGAUGAUGAAGAGGACGACGAGAAGGAGAAGCCCGCGAAGGCGGCGGAUCCAAACAAGUCCACAUCGCGCGAAUCGCAUAUCAAGCAGAAGGCGAUGCAGCAAGAGCGCAAAGCCGCCAAGCCUAACGCCGAUAUCAUCGCCCGGUCUAAGAAGCUUUGGGAGCAGCUGCGUCGGAAAUCCCACGUCCCCCUCGAGCAGCGGAAGAAGCUUAUUAAGGAGCUGUUUGAGAUCAUCACUGGCCGCGUCAAGGACUUUGUGUUCAAGCACGACUCGGUUCGUGUCAUUCAGACCGCUCUCAAAUAUGCCAAUCUCGAGCAACGGAAACAGAUCGCAACAGAGCUCAAGGGCAGCUACCGUGAGCUUGCUCAGAGCCGGUAUGCCAAGUUCUUGGUUGGCAAGCUGAUUGUUCACGGUGACAACGAGAUUCGCGACUUGAUUAUUCCCGAAUUCUACGGUCACGUUAAGCGUCUCAUCCGACACCCCGAGGGAUCCUGGAUUCUGGACGAUAUUUACCGGACGGUCGCGACGAAGCAGCAGAGGGCCAACCUUUUGCGUGAGUGGUACGGACCCGAGUUCGUUAUCUUUAAGCAGGAGGAUGGAACUGCGGAGCUCUCUGAGAUCCUGAGCAAAAACCCGGAGAAGAGAGGACCUAUCAUGCACUUUUUGUUCGAGCUCAUCAACCAGCUGAUCCAGAAGAAGACCUCGGGUUUCACUAUUCUACACGAUGCUAUGCUUCAGUACUAUCUCAACGUGAAAGUCGGCAGCGAGGAGGCCAACGAGUUUGUUGAACUACUGAAGGGCGAUGAAGAGGGCGAUCUUGUGAAGAACUUGGCUUUCACCAAGUCAGGCUCACGAGUCAUGUCUCGGGCUCUCGCCUACUCGAACGCCAAGGACCGCAAACUUCUGACCCGUUUCUAUCGCGACACGAUCAAGAUGAUGGCAGGUGACCUUCAUGGACACAAUGUCAUCCUGGCAGCCUACGAAGUCAUCGAUGAUACCAAGCUUACCUCGAAACUCGUUUUCCCCGAGCUUCUGAACCAGGGAAUGGACGCUGAAGCCCGCAACGAAGAGCUGCUCUGGCAAGUGACUGACCUGACGGCUCGUAUCCCCAUCUUGUAUCCAUUCGCUGGCGACCGUGCCAAGUGGCUUCUGCCCGAGCAGGAUAGUGAGUUGCUGAAGGAAAUCCGCGAGAUCCGCGCAGAAACGUCGAAGAAGGAGCCUGAGGUCCGCAGACAGGAGCUGGUCAAGGCCGCUUCCCCCACUGUGCUCGAGCUGAUCGCAGCUCGUGCGGAUUCCCUGUUGGAGACCAGCUUCGGCUGUCAGUUCAUUUCUGAGGUCCUCUUCGACGCUGAUGGCGACAAGAGCGCCGCUCUUGCUGCUGUCGCCGAGGCGGCCAAGUCCCGCGCCGACACCAAGGAGGCCCCGUUCGUGGGCCGGUUGUUGAAGUCGCUUGUCCAGGGUGGACGGUUCAACAGUGCGGAAAAGAAGAUCGAGAAGGUCCAGCCAGCACUGAGCUUCCACGAUCUGCUGUACGAGCAGAUUCAGCCCGAGAUCAUGUCAUGGGCUACCGGUUCGAAUACCUUCGUUGUUGUGGCUCUUGCGGAGUCGGACGAUUUCGCGAAGAAGGCCGACCUGCUGAAGACGCUGAAGAAGAACAAGAAGGCCUUGGAGAAGGCUUCCGCAGAGACCAGCAAGGAUGGCAAGAAGGGCAGCCCAGCCAGCAGUGGUGCGAAGAUUCUUUUGGAGAAGAUCCGGUAGAGUUGCCGGGAAGCCAAUUCUACCAAUACAGGAUGCAUGACAUGUUCGUAAUAUCGGCCGGUUGACUGCAAAAGCAUAUCACUUGGGUGUUCUAUUAUUCUUUCUCUACUAUUUCUUCUUUCUCUUUUCAUACCGUGAGAUAUCUAUUCUUCGUCUGUACAGGAUCUGUGAUAAAUUUAUUGGGAUCAAUGAAGCCAAAAAGUACUUGAU